UGCCUUAAAGAUUGAUCAAAUCUUAAGGCUUUCUGGUAAGACCGGGGCAGAUGUGUCACGUGGUCACGCGAGAGACGGUACGGAUUGCCUAGGGGAAGCAAUUUCUACAUGGGUAGUAGGUAGCAAAAGUGGUGUAUAUACCUAGGUCGAGGGUAUAAACUUACCCCCCCUGUUUCUUGGGCGUCCUAUACCUAUAACGACUUUUGCCAUCUAUUACCUAGGUAUGUAGGCAGCAUAUCUUCGCGCAUCAUCCAUCCGCCAGGAAACCUCCCAACCUCCCCCUACCGUACUCUCUAAAGCAGCAGGACAAGAAGCAGGCAGGCCUGCAAACCAGCAGCACAGUAAUAGUGUUACACGCAGCAAAGCUCACCCGCGCCGAAUACGCAACGAGGAGAGAGCAAAGCACCAGGCGCUGACUCCCCCUCCCUUACGACAACGCCCCGAGCCAUGGAAUCCGGCGACGCGGCGCACGAGGCGGCUGUGGCCGCCAUCGCGGCGCGGGUGCGGGAGUUCUACGAGCGGCGGGCGCCGUUCCAGGUGUACCACGGGGGGACGCACAGCACGCGGGGGCAGCAUAAGACGCGGGGGGAUACCGUGGACACGAGCGGGCUGCGGCGGGUGCUCGGGAUCGACGGGCCGCGGCAGGUAGCGCUGGUCGAGCCGAACGUGACGAUGGGGGCGCUGGUGGCGGCAGCGGCGGAGCGCGACCUGGUGCCGGUGGUGGUGCCGGGGUUCCCGGGGAUCACGGUGGGCGGCGCGUUCAGCGGCACGUCGCUGGAGAGCAGCUCGUGCCGGCACGGGCCGUUCGACGCGGCCGUCGCCCGCGUCGAGCUCGUCCUCGCCGACGGCUCCGUCCGCGCCGCCGACCAGGACCACGCAAGCCCCGACCUCUUCUGGGCCGCCGCCUCCGCCUUCGGCACCCUCGCCGUCGUCACCCUCCUCGAGGUCCGCCUCCGCCCCGCCCGCCCCUUCGUCCGCCUCGCCCACACCCCCGCCGCCUCCUUCGCCGACGCCAACCGCCUCCUCCGCGACGCCGUCCUCGAGCCCGCCAUCGACUUCGUCGACGCCAUCGCCUUCGCCCCCGACUCCAUCGUCGUCUGCACCGGCAUAAUCGUCGACGCCCUCCCGCGCGACGCGUCCCAGGACGGCUUCGGCGGCGACGGCGCCGCCGCCGCCCCCGGGAAGAAGAAGGAGAAGAACAACAAGGUCCAGCCGCGGCGCUACCUCGGGCGCUGGGACCCGUGGUUCUACCUCGACGUGCGCGAGCGCGUGGCGCGGCCGGGCCGGGCCGUCGUCGACUUCGUGCCGCUCGUCGACUACCUCUUCCGGUGGGAGCGGGGCGCGUUCUGGAUCGGGCGCCACGUCUUCUCGUACUUCUGGGCGCCCUUCAACCGGCUCACCCGCGCCGCCCUCGACUCCUGCCUGCGCCCCCGCCUCAUGUACCCCGCCCUGCACGCCAGCCGCCUCGCCGACGCCUACGUCAUCCAGGACGCCGCCGUGCCCUGGUACGUCGGCGGCACCGAGGCCGACGCCGACGGCGCCGACGAGGAGCUCUUCCGCUGGGCUGGCGCCGAGCUCGGCAUCUACCCCAUGUGGCUGUGCCCCAUCCGCGUCUACCGCAACGGCCCCGACGCCGCCCACGGCCUGCACGCCGCGUUCGCCGACCCGUCCCGCGCCAUGUUCCGCCUCAACAUCGGCAUCCGGGGCCCGCCGCGCCCCCGCCCGUCGCCCGAGUCGCCGUCGUCGUCGUCGUCGUCGUCGUCCGCCGUCCGAAACGUCGCCCAAGCCGACCGCGCCCUCGAGCGCAAGCUUCUUACCUUGCGCGGCCAGAAGUUGCUGUAUGCGCGCGUGCACUACUCCGAAGCCGAAUUCUGGAGCGUCUACGACCGCCCCACCUACGACGCCGACCGCGUGCGCUACCACGCCGAUCACCUGCCCAGCGUAUACGACAAGGUCCGGACGCGCGACGGCGACGCGGGAGAGGCCAAGGAUGAGAAGACUUCGUGGAUGCCCCGCGCGCUGCGCAAGGCCCGUCCGUUCCAGGGACUCUAUGGCGUGUACAAGGCCUGGCGCGGCAGUGACUACGUCCUUAAGCCCGAGAAGCCCGCGUCACCAAAGAGGUUUUGAGCGCGUGACUACUUUGACAGCGUCUCGGUGGCAGAAUUUGGAGAGUGACAUGAGUCUGAAAGGUGUUUUUAUAAAUAAUCUACGGUGUUCUAUUCGGUGUACUACGAGUCAGGAGGGUUCCUUGGAGGCUGUGAGGCGUCACGCGGUGUUUUCAAAAAAAUUUUUGCUUCUAUUCCAAGACUAUUUGUAGACUAACCCAAGUGAACCCCAGUUUUCCGGACAAUUAGCCUCCCCUACCCGCUCUACGACGAGAACUUGACAACGUAAGCGCCGCGCUCGAUCGUGUUGAUGAGGAUGUAGCCGCUCUUGAAGUAGGGAUAGUGGCUCCAGGUGCCCUGGAACGCGAUCUGGCCACCGCCCUCGGCGUUGUCGUCCUCUGGGUAGAUAUCGAAGUAGGCUACCUCGGUGACGCCCGCGCCCGUCGGGUCCUCGGGGAUCGACGACACGUCGAGCACGUUCAGGCCGCCGCCGUAGUUGCUCUGAUACAAAAGCCCGCCGUUGACGAACUGGUUGUGGUCGAUACCCUUGCGCAAACCCUGGUAGUAGCCGGUCUGCUUGGGGGCCUCGAGAGACGAGAUGUCCCAGAUGUACGUGAUC